ACUCUCUAAUUUUUUUUUUUUAAGAGAUGGGGUCUCUCUCCAUCACGCAGGCUAGGACUACAGGCAUGCACGGUUGUGUCCAGUUCACACUGACUGUAUUUUCGACUUUUGCUCAUCAGUGAUGUAUAUUCAGGAAUAGGUCAAGAGGACAGAGGAAUAGUCCUUUUACCUUUUACAUAUUCCCCACCACCACCCCCGCACCCCUUUUAUCCAGGGGAGGUCAAGCAGCAGCUUCUAACAAUUUUCUCAUGAAUAAAAUGAAAAAAUUUCAGGGGAAAACUGGAGAAUACCUUCUCUUUGCUCUACUCCACCUUAAGGCUAAAACUGGAUUUGUUUAUUCUGUGGGGGCUGGGGAGUGUUGAGAAAUAAUUGUAAAUAUUCUGCCAUCAGGGAUCACUAACCCCAGGCCCAAGGGGGUUGAGUUUACAAGAUAGCCAAGGAAUGGGAGACACUCCUCUUGAGGGGGAUGGUCCUAAAACAGAACCUCCUCUUUUUAGAUCAAGUGACUGUUGGAGGCUCAGCACCUAUCCCCUUUCCUCCCUCUUCUCUCAUCCUGAGUCACCUUUUGGGAUUUUGGAGUUGAGCACCAUGGGGACUCCAAAUGAUCAGGCAGUUUUGCAGGCCAUCUUCAACCCUGACACCCCAUUUGGAGAUGUGGAGUUGGACCUAGGAGAAGCAGAAAAGGAAGAACUAGAUGAAGAUGGAGUAUUCCCUCAAGCACAGUUGGAGCAGUCCAAGGCCCUGGAGCUGCAGGGGGUGAUGGCAGCAGAGGCUGGGGACCUCAGCACAGCCCUGGAGAGGUUUGGCCAAGCCAUCUGCCUGUUGCCUGAGAGGGCAUCAGCCUACAACAACCGAGCCCAGGCCCGGCGACUUCAGGGAGAUGUGGCAGGCGCCCUGGAGGACCUGGAGCGCGCCGUGGAGCUAAGCGGCGGCCGAGGCCGCGCCGCCCGCCAGAGCUUCGUGCAGCGCGGGCUCCUGGCGCGGCUGCAGGGCCGGGAUGACGAUGCCCGCAGGGACUUCGAGCUGGCGGCGCGGCUGGGCAGCCCCUUCGCGCGGCGCCAGCUGGUGCUGCUCAACCCCUACGCCGCGCUGUGCAACCGCAUGCUGGCUGACAUGAUGGGGCAGCUGCGCAGCCCCCGCAACGGGCGCUGAGCGCGGCUGGGCCUGGGUGGCGGCCGGGGUGGGGAGGCGGGAAGGGCCCUGAAUCAAUAAAGCUGCACUGGCCUCACCGACUCGCCUGCUUCUGCGUCGCGCCCACGCGCCCACGCACGGGCAGAAGCGCACUCAGGUGCACGCGGCGUGGGGUC